GGAAAGAAGCACGUUGCCAAGUCACAAUCUGAACCAAAAAGCUCUUCUUCACUGUUAACAUCACAAAUGAAAAUAUUUUGCUCUCUUCCUCCACCUCUUUCAUAUUUUCAAUUUUCUUUGUUCAUGCAAGAUCCAAAGAAUGAUUCAAACACAAGAUGCAGGAAGCCAUGGUAUCAAAGAGCAAUGCAUGCAACAAGUUUAUGGAAAAUAAUUCCAAAAUCAAAUGAAGUUUCCACAUCAAUAAAUUCAACAUUAUGGAAACCAAUACCAAAAUCACCUCAAAUUCCUACACAAAGUUCCAACAAUAAGACCAAGCUAAAAAAAUGUACAUCUCUAAAGGUAGCAACAUCUUUUACAAGGGUAUGUCUAUGUGCACCAAUUUAUUCUUACAAUGAGAUUUUGAGAAAUGAGGUUCCACCUAGAAGAAGUAAUAGUUAUCCUAGAUCAUCAUCAUCAUCAUCUUCAUCAAAACCAUUGCAAACAAAUAUUAAUGCACAUGAAAUUAGAACUCAUAGUGCUAGGCUUAGCACUGAGGGGUCAAGAAGAGUUUUUAGGGGUAAAUCAUUGACUGAUGAUGUUUUAAUGAGAAGGUUUGUUAUUGAGGAAGAGGCUAUGAUGCAAAUUAGAAGAAAAAAUCAAAUGGAAGUUAUUAGGAAAAGGAGUUUGAUGAGGAGAAAAAGGCUUGGGCCUAGUCCUCUUAGUAGAAUGGUUCUUGCAAAUGAUAUUGUUGGAUAGUUUUAAUUUAAAACAUUAGUUCAAUUCUUGUUAUGUUUUUAAUCCAAUUGGUGAGUUUUUAUACUCCA